CGUUGCCUAUACCAUGCAUCACAUUAAUGCAUGAACUCGAUAGCAGUCGGAGUGAAAAGACGCACUACGUGCUGUCAUAAUUACUUUAAGUUUACAAGCGGAAGGAGUAUUGUGUACAAUAUUGAUUAGUGACUCCGGCGAUUGUUAAAUAGUGUCAUAUGCUUAUAUCUUUGGAAUUUCGUAUUAUGAAUGAAAAAUCACUUUGAAAAAAUAGUAUAUUCGUAUAAAAUGACUUACUGACCAAAAUCUACAUUCCGGAUUAUCUGAAAAUCAAAGAUGUGCCACCGCGUGUCAUGUAGAAUUGCUUGCCAGCACGGAUUCAUCUGUGUCAUGCCGAAUGGAAAUUUCAAAUGGACUUUCUGGGAAUGUGAAUGUGCAUACCGAAGAAGGUUUUGAAACGGACCUUAAACCAACUAAUACGGAAAAGCAUGUUCAUAUAAAUGAUAAACAGCGUGUAACCAACCUAUCUGAUAUGUGCAACAAGACAGAUGUAUUGCCGGAUCAUACGAAAAUAAGGAACCAUCGAGUCAAACGAAAAGCCGAAAUGAAGGAGACCGAAGCAACCUGUAUUCCACCUAAACGCGUCUCACCGUUUUUAAACACACCAAAGGAAAGAAAAGACGAAAGAAAGAAAAUUCUGAAAAUCUCAAUUAAAAAGAUAAAACAGUUAGAUAACCCCGAAACCUAUCUUAGAAAAACAGUUCUUGUGAAUAACACAAUGAAACGUCUUCAAACGGAAUUACGACAAGAAAAACGUAGAGCUAAGAAAUUUCCAUCAAAUAACAGAAGGCAUUUCAGUGGAUAUGAUCUAACUAACAACAUUUGUAUGUCAGACACUUAUUUGUUUGAUGAUCCUUUCCUAUGUGGAAUUCAUGAGAAAAUCACAGACGAUAUGACAGACACACUCAUUAAUAACGUGUUUCAUAAUAAAACGAAUGACGAGAGCAAAGAAUCUUAUAUUAGUGAAAUGUCAGACACGAGGCCUAAUGAAAAAGAAGUUUCUAACGAUCAGUUGUGCAUUAACUCAAGAAUCUUCACGUCUUUAAAUGUCUCUGAAGAAAAUUCAGUUCAAAAUCCUAGUGCCAAGAAUACUACUAACAUAGAGUGUAACAUUUGGACGUGCUUAGACAAUAGAUCAGGUACACAGGAAACGCCUGUUGACAGGUGCUGUGAGUUUGAAGUUGUAAAUCAGCGCAUAUUUAAUAGCAGUGAAGAGAAUUUAAGAACUAUUAGCUAUGAUGAUAUCGGAACAGUGAAUAUAGGGAAAAGUGGCACUCCGACUAAAGAAAACAAUAGAUAACACCCAAGUAAAGUACAAAUAACAGUUAGUAUAAAAACACGAUAAGGAUAUCUAACACAGCGAAACUAAUAAAGCUUGAGAAUUCAAUAGAUGCUAAAAUAGAAUAUGUAGACAUUGUUCAACACCUGUUUGAUACAGAUGUUUAUAAUUCGUUUGUAGCGUAAAAAAGAAAGGUGCAGUAUACGAACAAAGCUCUAGCUUAGAUCUGUUGGAACUCGAUCAAAAAUGGACCAGAAGUUGUUAUCGCAUUCCUACAGUACAUUCUUGUCUGGAUUGCAAAUUAAUCAUAGCAGUGUUAUUCUAUGUUUAAUACAAUACAGAAUCAUGAUAUUGGAAAUAAGAAUACAUUGAAUGGAUCAUUUGAUAUUCACUCGAAAUACGACAGGUUUUAUGAUGGGAAUGAUUUGAUCUGAAAUUGAUACAUCUUAUCCAUCUAGUCAUUUCGUAUAUAUUGUUGUUCUAUAAGUCCUGUAAACAACAGUCCUUUAGCCUGUGUACAGCGUAAUCUAGAGAAACUAUAAAAUAAAACUAAUCAAUUUAGAGUGGUAUACGAAACGUUAGUCGAGUCAAAUGCAAAGCGGUAAGAAUGAACCACCAAAUCGGCCACUGAGCGACCAAGUCAUGGAUUGUUAUAUUUCACAUACAUAAGGUAAUAUAUAUAUGCACUAGGGGCACCACGGCCGAACAUUAAAAGUUUGCAUAUACCUAAAAUUCUUCUCUGCAGCAUGUUUCUGUAGUCUCGGCAAAUUCAUUUACACGGAAUGACUUUAUAAAUGUUUUAUGUCUAUUUUACGAGCAACAUAUUCCCUUGUUUAGUUCUAUUUCAAUUAGAUUUAUAGUAUUACUGAUAACCAUACGUUCAGCUCGAGCAUUAAUACUGGCUAUGAGUUUUGAAGUUUUGCAUACACAAAGCCUUUUAUCCUUUGUCUUUCAGGCAUUGAAAUAAAAUUUGAAACAUGUUAAAAUAAUUAUGUUUUACGCAUUAUGGGUUAAGAAGCCAGGGAAGUCUGUCAUUCUCCAAGCGGUGUUCUAUCGCAGACGUUAUUAAAUUUUAAUGUUUUAUUUCAUCUGUGCAAAGUUAUUUGAAGAACAAUCACAGCAUUUCCUUAGAAACAGUUCAGAUGUAGCUUUAUCAUAUUUCUGCUAAAUAAAGAAUGGGUAUUUAUCUUCUGUACCGUAGGGCAUAUUUGUAUAUGUUAAGUUUUCGCACACUGUGGCCUAGCUUGGCCCAGCCUUGCCGAAUAUUGGGCAUAUCAUGCCAGGCUAGGCAAGGUCAGGCCAAGUCAGAGAACUUGCCUCACAGUAGAACUUCUCUUAUCCAGAUGAACUUCGGGUUAUGUUUUGUUCAAGGUUUUAUACAAUAACUAAUUACAGAAAUGUUUGUUGGUAUAUAUACCGUUAUAAUAUAAAACCUAUUUAUAAGUUGUCUUUAAUGAAAACAUAAAGAUGCGUCUUUCAUUUUUUUCUUUUCUUUGUUAUUAAGCCUUUUACCUUCUUAUUAAAACAUAACCACUAACAGUUGACAGUAUGAAUUAUAAAGUUUAGUGAAUCUGUUAACCUUUUAUCUGUCCUAUCCCCUUGCUAUCUUACAUAGAUACAUUGACAUGACAAAAACUGCAAUAUAAUAUUCAUCAUGUCAUAGUUACAUUUGCAGUGAGUGUGAUACUAAUAUACGUUUUACAUGAUACGUUUUCAGUUUUCUAUUAGUAUAUGAAUCCCUAACAUUUAAUAAUAAAUGCCCGAGAAAAAGUUAUACAUUGACCUUGAUCAUUUUUGUACUUAAAUCAACGUAAUGUCACUCCUUUGACGUAUUUUAAUUGUAUUUCAGGUAUAAAUAUUGAAAUGUCAUUCAGUAGUGUAUACACUACCGAUUUAUUACAACGCAUUAUGAAAAUUGCUGAUCUUAAAAGAUAAUAUUUGUUGUUUAAAGGGUAACACGGACUGCAAUAACACGUAUGUAAAUAAAGCUUACGAUAUGGUAUCAUACGAUAAAAGCAAAGCUUAUGUAAUAUUCAGUCAUAUUUUAGUAGAUUGGGAAAUGUUUGCAAUGGUUUUUAUUUCCGCGAUUUGAGCCGCGGCAUAAGAAAACCAACAUAGUGCGUUUGCGACCAGCAUGGAUCCAGACCAGCCUGCGCAUCCGCGCAGUCUGGCCAGGAUCCAUGCUGUUCGCUUUUAAAGCCUAUUGGAAUUAAGGAAACUGUUAGCGAACAGCAUGGAUCCUGACCAGACUGUGCGGAUCCAGACUCUGGAUCCUUGCUAGUCGCAACCGCACUAUGUUGGUUUUCCCAUGGCGCGGCUCAAAUUGUUGCAAUCAAAGUUAACUAAAACGAGAUUUCCAAGUCUUGGUUUUAAGUAGUAGACCCUUUUGUGAUUACACAUUUUUCAAGACUUCGGUAGAAAUAGUUACUAUUAUAUCCCUGCAUUUGUUAUAUUGUUAUUCACUUUUGUUUCUUUCUUAUAUCAUUUCUUGUUAAUAUAUUAUGUAUUCAUUUUCCCCUCAAUUUACAUCAUCACAUAUAAUUACGACUGACAAAAACAUGUUGUUGUGUUUAUUAUCUUAAACAUGUGCUUCUGUUCUGGCAUUUUGUUAUGAGUUCAGUUCAAUUUGCUUACUAACAGUAGGUAAUUUUAUGUAAAGUCCUUUAUACAUUUUAAUUUUUUUCUUAAAUAUGAUGAUUACUGAUAUCAGAUUGUUUUAAAAUAAAAGAUGAAAUGUGAUAAUGCUUAUUAUUAUUGGGAAUAAAGUGACAAUGUAUCGUUAA